AUGAAGAAGGAUUUUAAUCGCAAGAACAAAAGUAUUAGUUGGGAUGAAAAAAGUAUUAGUGAACAGAACAAUGAGCGGGGGACGAGGAUGAAAAUAACUGAAGUUUCAACUCCAUUCAACUACGACACCUGGGAUUCUGGAUCAGAGGAAGAUUUCAGUCUCAGGUCGGAGUAUUUUAAAGAAGUACAAAAGUCUGUUAACGAACAGGUGGCAAGUAGACUGAUGGAGAUAAAAAACGAUGACGAUAAGAAGAAAAUGUUCGAAGAACAACGUAAAAAACAUUAUGACGAAUUUAAAACAAUAAAAGCAUUAAAGGAGGAAGGGAAACUCUCAUGUGAUGAAUAG